AUGAAAUUCUCUGCCGCUUUAUUCGCUGUUGGUGCCGCUGCCGCCUACGUUCCAUCUGAGCCAUGGUCUACCUUGACCCCAAGUGCAACCUUGUCUGGUGGCACUACCGACUACACCUCCACUUUCGGUAUUGCUAUCCACAAGGCAACCGGAAAUGCUAAGGCCAAGAGAGAAGUUGUCUCUCAAAUCGGUGACGGUCAAAUCCAAGCAACUACUGCUACCCCAUCCACCUCCUCCACCGCUGCUGCUGUUGUGACCCAGAUCGGUGAUGGCCAAAUCCAGGCCACUACCUCCACUGCCUCUGCUGCUGCUACCUCCGAGGCCGUGGUUUCCCAAAUUGGUGACGGACAAAUCCAGGCCACCACCGCCACCCCAUCCACCUCCUCCACCGCUGCCGCCACCACCGAGGCUGUUGUGUCUCAGAUUGGUGACGGCCAGAUCCAGGCUACCACCGCUACCCCAUCUUCCUCCGCUACCACCCAAGCCGUUGUUACCCAGAUCGGAGAUGGUCAAAUCCAGGCUACUACUGCCACCUCUUCUGCUGCCGUUGUGUCGCAAAUUGGUGACGGUCAAAUCCAGGCCACCACUGCCACCACCGGAACUUCCUCCGUUGCUUCCCAGAUCUCUGACGGUCAAAUCCAGGCCACCACCGCUUCCGGUGCUACCCAGAUUUCCGACGGCCAGGUCCAGGCUUCCAGCACCGCCACUGCUGAGUCCAGCAUCGGAACCUCUUGUAAGAGCUCUGACGCCCUUGCCUUGGUCUUGAACGACGGUAUCUUGACCGACGCCAAGGGAAGAAUCGGAUCCAUUGUCGCCAACAGACAAUUCCAAUUCGACGGUCCUCCACCUCAAGCCGGUGCCAUCUACGCUGCCGGAUGGUCUGUGUCUCCAGAAGGCACCCUUGCCAUCGGUAACACCACUGUCUUCUACCAAUGUCUCUCUGGUACCUUCUACAACUUGUACGACGAGUCCAUCGGAGACCAGUGUGAGCCAGUCUACCUCGACAUUGUCAACUUGGUUGAUUGCUAA